AUGAACUGUUGGCAUCGACUACUGGCCCACAUCAAGGCCCGGAUGCUGAAUGCAUCUCUUCAGAGCUGUCAUUAUAAACUGUCCGGUCGAGGUAAAAGGGGAAGUAACUCCAACAUUAAAGUCGUUGUCUUCAUUGGCAUGCAGCUCGCCAACCUUGAACUCUCGGGUGUCAUGGUGCUGACUGCAUCUCCCCCUGCAGUCCUGCAACAGCCGCUAACAGGACUCCGGCAUGGCUGGCUUUGCAGUGCCCAGAAUGGUGAUUGUGAUGAUGUCUUAGAUCUCUUUGCCUUUGUUUGGGUGGAGAAGAGGCCUGACCAAGGUUGUGGAAGUGGAACUGACAAUCUACAGAUAACUGUCACCCCCACCCCAGAGUCAUUUCCUCAUGGGAAAUUGUCGCCGAUUCCACCAACAUGGCCUUUCUCAGAAGUCCAGUCUUCCUCCGCAGCGGGCAGAGUUGGGACUGUGCUGGGCCUGGCUCCUGACAACACGAGCUUGCCGCAGUCGGCCCGGACGCUCCCUCCCAAGGCGCACCGCCGGGCUAGGGCCCACGGUGACUUCUCUUCCCCACCUUCCCGAGGAAGUGGCCGUGGCACUUCCCUCGAGCCUUCUAAGGAUUCCACUGAGUCCCUGGCCCCACCAAGAACUCAAGGGGGAGAAGAAGCAGCGGCCGUGUCAGGUUGGCCUCACAGCAGCAUGACCCCACCCUUGUCCACUCUCCUUUCCGUGACCUCCUUGAGAGCAGUCCUCAUAUCCCAGCCGCUCAGGGUAGGGAUGCCUUUCAUUUCUAAACAACAGUCCCCAAGGUCAGACAUUCUCCUGUUUCUCCCCCCAUCUGCACCCUCUUCACUGACUCCCGACUCAUCACCUCAUUCCAUCAUCUUUUCUGAGCCAGCUGAACCACCCACUCAAGAGCCCUUAUUUCCCCAAACAGCUCCAGUGGACUUCUCAAGCCAGAGCAUAGCUCAGCCCCUGCACCCACUUGCUGAGGCCGUGAACCGCACACCAUCCCCCAGAGCCUGGGGUUUAAUAGGCACCCCUGCUCUAGGCUUUUCUGGAUCCCCCACAAAGCAGGAUUCUGAGCUCUCCUCCCCGGAGGAUGCUCAUUCAGCAGGUUCCCCCACGCCCAAGGCUUUGCAGUCUGGGACAGAACUGGCCCACGUGUCUCCCCCUCACUUAGCACCUGGGAGUCCCCUUCAGCUUCCAGGUAGAACCCCCUCAAGGCCAUUGUUGGAAGUGACUUCAAGUCCUGCAUCCACCCAGCCAGUGGAAGCUGAGGUGGCUGAAAGAGUGCAUCAUGGGGUGUCCUUGCCGGCUUUUAAGAGCGCGGUGACCCUUGAGGCUGAGCCUUCUCUUUUCCAGGCUGCAGAAUCAGUGGCCAUAGAAAUGACCAGCAGAAAGCUAGCUCCUGCUAACCCACUGCAUUUGUCAGCAGCUCCAGAGAAUUCCGAAGGGCCUGCCCUUUCAGCAGAGCACACUUCUUUGGUACCUUCUUCUCUGCCUCUCACUACAGCUAGCUGGGGGCAAACCAUCCUUUCUGGGGCGGUUCCUGGAUCACCAUCGAAUGGCCUUGCAGCAGAGUGGCGCUCCAUCCUGCCUUCCUUCCGGCCAACACAGAGCCCUGUCUUUCCACCCUCCAACACCCCAAUGUCAACUCCUCAAGAAGAGGAUAACGAUAGACCCCCUCCGACCGCAGCUACAGACUUCCUCCUCUCACACAAAUCUAACCUGAUCUCCACACCCCAGACACUUCCCCUGCAGAAAGAGGAUAGUGUGACAGCUGUUUCAAAGAAAAAUGAAAAGGCAGAGGUGACCGUCACUCUCCAGACCCUUCCAACAAAAGAGAUCCCAAGUCUUCCCGCCAUCAAUGGAUUUGCCUCUGAAUUCAGCAUAGGGCAUCUUUCACCAACUGGCAUUAAAACACCAAGGGUAACCCUCCUCCCUUCCGCACUGCCUGUGACUUCCAGCCCCUCUGGAGGAACUGCCCAGACGGGCUCCCAGUUUCCCCCCUUUUCCAGCACCAAGUCAGAGACUUCUGCAGCUGCUCCAGAAACUUCUGAGUUGCCAGUUUCAGCUUCCAAACAGGUGCCAGCCUUUCCCUCCUCCACUGAGGUCUAUGAUUUCUCAACAAUGGGACACAGGGAAAAGCCAGAAAUCACAGAUGUUUUCUGGAGUUCUUUUUUAGCAGAAACUGGAUCCCUUUCCACAGAACCAAUGGUAUCUGGCUUGCUGCAGCAAACAAAUUAUGAUGUAAAUGGGGACACAAUUAACUCCACAAGUUGGGACACUCAUUCAGUUUCAACUACUCCUGCCCCUGAUUUAACUUCAGCUGUCAGUACAAUAAAAGCUCGGGAUUCAGAAGAUACCGCUGGACAUUUAGCAACAACAGACAGCGUUAGCAUUCAGGAUCCAGCGCUUGAUACAGGCAUCCAACAGCUCAUUCAACAGUCGGUUGCUACCGAAGUUGGAAACCAUACAGACUUCUUGUCCAUAAGCAGCCACGAUCAUUCCAGGGAUUUCCAAGCAGUGAACUCCUCGGUGUCAUCCAAGGGAGGACCCACGCCAGCAGCUGCCACAUUGUUUCUGAAGAAAUCAAGCCUGCCGGCGCUGUCAGCGGCCCUAGUGGCAAAGGGCACUGGUAGUGGUCCUGCGGCCAUGGCCUCAGGAUUAGUCAAGAGCGCUGCUCUAGCUAAAAAUGUCUCAAACAGUGCAGCAUCGGGCCCAAAGGUGACACCAGGAGCAGUCCACACAGCCUUCUCGUUCACGCCAACCUACAUGUUUGCAAGAACAUCGCACACCAUGAGCACCCACACAGCCAUGCAAGGGAACACGGGCACUGCCUCUGGCCUGUUGUCCACAACACACCUCCCCAGGAAGCCACAAGCCAUGCACCCGGGCCUUCCAGACCCCACCAACCCAGACAUGCCCAGGGUGUCCACCACACGCCCACUGACAAUCACAGCCGCCUUGACCUCCAUCACUGCGCCGGUAAGGGCCACCCGGCUGCCCCCUGUGCUGACAGGAAACACAAAUGCUGCUCUUCCUGCUGUGUCAACUGCAGUGGUCACAACUGGAAAAAUGGCGUCCAGCCUGGAGUGCCAGAUGUCCACUAAGCUCCUGGUGAAGACAGUUCUCUUUCUGACCCAAAGGAGAGGACAUUUCGGUGACUCUUUGAAGUUCAGUGUAGCCAAAGGGCUCACGCAGGCUUUGCGGAAGGCUUUCCACCAGAAUGACGUCUCGGCCCAUGUGGACAUUCUGGAACAUUCUCAUAAUGUCACAGUUGGGUAUUACGCUACCAGAGGGAGGCUGGUGUAUUUGCCUGCCGUGGUGACCGAAAUGCUGGCUGUUUAUGGGGUCAGCAACGUCACUGCAGAUCUGAAGCAACAUACCCCAAACUUGCAGUCUGUGGCAGUCCUAGCCUCCUCCUGGAAUCCCCAGCCUGCUAGCUCCUUCCAGCUGAAAACAGUGCUGCAGUUUGUGAGCCAAUCCGACAACAUACAGUCCUGCAAGUUUGCUCAGACGAUGGAGCAGCGGCUACAGAAGGCCUUCCAGGAUGCUGAGGGGAAAGUCCUGAAUACCAGAAGCAACCUGACGAUUCAGAUUGUGGCUACGUCCAACGCCUCCCAGACAGUCACCUUGGUGUACGUGGUGGGCAAUCAGAGCUCUUUCCUCAACGGCACGGUCGCCAGCAGCCUUCUCCGCCAGCUCUCGGCCGAGCUGGUGGGUUUCUACCUCACCUACCCUCCACUCACCAUCGCUGAACCGCUGGAAUAUCCCAACCUUGAUAUAUCAGAAACAACCAGAGACUAUUGGGUCAUUACAGUGUUGCAGGGCGUGGACAACUCGCUGGUGGGCUUGCACAACCAGAGCUUUGCCCGGGUCAUGGAGCAGCGUCUGGCCCAGCUCUUCAUGAUGUCCCAGCAACAAGGCCGGCGGUUUAAGCGGGCCACCACCCUGGGAAGCUACACUGUGCAGAUGGUGAAGAUGCAGCGCGUGCCAGGACCCAAGGACCCAGCGGAGCUGACAUACUACACUCUGUACAAUGGGAAGCCUUUGCUGGGGACUGCAGCUGCCAAGAUCCUCAGCACCAUUGAUUCCCAAAGGAUGGCCUUGACGCUGCAUCAUGUUGUCCUUCUGCAAGCUGACCCCGUAGUGAAAAACCCACCCAACAACCUGUGGAUCAUCGCCGCAGUUCUGGCGCCUAUUGCUGUGGUCACGGUCAUCAUCAUCAUCAUCACUGCUGUGCUCUGCCGGAAGAACAAGAACGACUUCAAGCCGGACACCGUGAUGAACCUUCCUCAGAGAGCAAAGCCUGUGCAAGGCUUCGACUAUGCCAAGCAGCACCUGGGCCAGCAAGGGGCAGAUGAGGAGGUUAUCCCGGUGACUCAGGAGACGGUGGUGCUCCCUCUCCCUACGCGAGAUGCCCCUGUCUCACAGGAAAGGGAUGCCGCCCACGACGGCAGCACCGUCAAGACAGCCAAGUCCACAGAAACCCGAAAGAGCAGGUCGCCCAGUGAGAACGGCUCUGUCAUCAGCAACGAAUCAGGGAAGCCCAGCUCGGGGAAGCGCUCGCCCCAGAAUGUAAUGGCACAGCAGAAAGUGACAAAGGAUGAGGCUCGAAAGAGAAAUGUGCCAGUGAGUGAUGAAGAGGAAGGAGCAGUUCUGUUUGACAACUCUGGCAAGACAGCUGCCGAUCCCUUUGACACGUCUUCUGGAUCUGUGCAGCUCAUCGCAAUAAAACCUACCGCCCUCCCUGUGGUGCAGCCCACCUCGGACAGGAGCCAGGAACCGGCAGUCCUCAAUGGCGAGGUGAACAAGGCCCUGAAGCAGAAGUCUGACAUUGAGCACUAUCGGAACAAGCUGCGCCUCAAAGCCAAGAGGAAGGGCUACUACGACUUCCCUCCGAUGGAGACAAACAAAGCUCAGACGGAAAGAAAAAAGAUGUAUGAAAAGGCCCCAAAGGAGAUGGAGCAUGUUUUGGACCCCGAUCCAGAGUUGUGUGCUACAUUUGCUGAGUCUAAGAACAGGCAACAGAUGAAGAACUCCGUCUACCGAAGCCGGCAGAGUCUGAAUAGCCCGAGCCCUGGAGAAACAGAGAUGGACCUUCUGGUGACUCGGGAGCGACCCCGGCGCGGAAUACGUAACAGCGGAUAUGAUACUGAGCCUGAAAUCAUAGAGGAAACCAACGUGGACAGAGUUAAUGAGCCCCGGGCCUACGCCAGGGCCAGGCAGGUGAAAGGCCACUCGGAGACCUCGACCCUGAGCUCCCAGCCAUCCAUCGACGAGGUCAGGCAGCAGAUGCACAUGCUGCUGGAGGAGGCCUUCAGCCUGGCGUCCUCCGGCCACGCGGGCCAGAGCCGGCACCAGGAGGCCUAUGGCUCAGCACAGCACCUGCCUUACUCCGAGGUGGUGACCAGCGCUCCAGGGACCAUGACGCGGCCCAGGGCCGGGGUGCAGUGGGUGCCAACCUACCGCCCAGAGAUGUACCAGUACAGUCUGCCCCGGCCGGCCUACAGGUUUUCUCAGCUUCCUGAAAUGGUCAUGGGCUCUCCCCCGCCACCUGUACCUCCUCGGACUGGCCCUGUAGCAGUCACUUCUCUCAGGCGGUCCACCUCGGACAUCGGCAGCAAGACCAGGAUGGCGGAGUCGGUGGGGCCCGAGCCGGCCCAGCUGCACGACAGCGCCUCCUUCGCCCAGGUGGCCCGGGGCCCGGUGUCCGUGGGCCAGUUGGAUCAGUCUGCGUUAAAUUACUCAGGUAAUACGGUGCCGGCCGUGUUCGCCAUCCCAGCUGCCAACAGACCAGGCUUCACUGGCUACUUCAUCCCGACACCACCCUCCUCCUACAGGAACCAGGCCUGGAUGUCCUAUGCUGGGGAGAAUGAGCUCUCGAGCCAGUGGGCAGAUUCGGUCCCCCUUCCGGGGUACAUCGAGGCUUACCCACGGUCACGAUAUCAGCAGAGCUCACCCUCCAGGCUUCCUCGCCAGUACAGCCAGCCAAGUGGCAUGCACCCCAGCUUGGAGCAGGCGCCGGUGCCAUCCACAGCAGCCUCUCAGCAGAGCCUGGCAGAGAACGACCCAUCUGACGCACCCCUGACCAACAUCUCCACGGCGGCCCUCGUGAAGGCCAUCCGGGAAGAGGUGGCCAAGUUGGCCAAGAAACAGACAGACAUGUUUGAGUUCCAGGUCUAAUGCCUUAGCCCCUGGGAACUUCAAACACAAGGAAAUGUCUUCAGGUUUCUCAAGCCUAACUUGUUGGGACUUGAGUCACAGUUAGUGUGUGAAUCUUUCUCACCCUCCCUUACUGAAAAAGUGAACAGUGGGGCUUCUGGGAAUCAGAGCAAAACUCCUGAAUGACUGGAUUCUCAUUAUUCAACUGAUUGUAUGUCAAGAAGUCCCCGCCUGGGACCAUAUGUUUGACAUUCUGUUAUGUUAAAUGUUUGAACUAUGGGUGUAUUUCCCUAUGGAGCCAUAGUCACAAGAGACAUUAGCUAUCUACAGAUUCCUGUGCAAAGCCACAUUUUACUACAUCACCAGAGGGGAGAAUACCACUCUAUCUUCGGUGACCUCUGCAUGUUUAACUCCGUUUCUGUUUUAAAGGCAAUGCAGGGGUGUGAUUAAGCAACAGACUGUGCUCUCUCUCAUCAGCUGUGACUGUAAUCCUUAAAAUCACCUCCAGUCUGUACAGGAGACACUGACUCCAGCCGAGAAACUUGAGUCCCUUUCUUUUAAACAUUCAUUUUCAAAAUCAAAUGAAUCGGAUGAAAAUCAGUACUCUCAAAGACUGCACCUAUAAAUAGUCCUGACUCUUCCUCCCCACCCCCCAAUUAAUUAAACAAAGACCAAGAAAGAGAAAUGAGAGGGAAUGGUGGAUGUGUGUUGACAGGCUUUUGAGAGGUGUUGUCUUUUUAGAUUCAGAGAACUCUGCAAGGUGGGAUCUAACAGAAAGAGAAUUGGUGCUAAGAGCUUUUAGGAUCCUAUAAAAGAAAAAGUUACUCAUGGAGGUUUUUCUUUGCCCUGCAAUGAAGGGGACCCGAGAUUGAAGCGUCUUUCUGUUGAGGGAAUGAAUAGAUGUAUCAGCUUGUACAAGAAAGUCUCCGCUCCUUCAUUGGUGAUGUUCAGCAUGUGCUGCUGAGUGGCACAGAAAGAAAUAGUCAUUGAUGCCAGUUGAAAUCAGAAUAGUGGCCACAGCCUCCCCAGCUACAGCCUCUGUGGAAGCUUCUGAAUGUAGAAAACCUGUUGAUUUAUGUCUAAAUGUAAAUAGCUUUUUAAAAAAAGAGUAUGGAGUUAGCCAGUCCCCUCUGCACCCCAUACUUAGUGGAUACAGGAGGACUUCAGCCGAACUGGGGUGGGGGGGGGCUGCCGACCUUGUGACAAAGAUGUUGCAAAUCACCCUCCCAGGCAUGGCCAUUUGGCCUACAGAACUCUGCGUGGGCACUGCAGAACUCUGCGUGAGCACUGCCUCACAGCCCUGAGGCACCAGUCUCUGCCUGCCAAUGCAGUUACUGACUUUGCAGUUACCCCGGAGAGAAUGGACACUCUGGUUUCCUCACCAACUUUGGGAGCCAUGCACGAUGUUGGGGGCUUAUUGGUGUUUGUUGGAGAACAAGGUCCUGUCCUGCCUUCACCCAUGACCCAUCUAGCUUCAGCUGUUGUCCAUUCCCUUCUGAGCCCAUCCUUCCAUUCUCCUCAUGAGUUUCUUUGGUCUUUACUAAGAGAAGAAGGUGGAAAUUUAAAGUUGAAAGAAGAGUAGGAGUGGGACUUAUUAGGAUGGGAGAUUCAAACUGUCAAAGCACAGACUUUUCAAAGAAGCUGUUUUUAUUUCUCAAUGGCAAAUUGCCCUUUCUGGAAUGUUCCAGAAAUGAUGUGUCAUGGAAACCCCAAGCAAGUCCCUUGUUCAGGUGAUAUUAGGUAGUGUCUUUUUGGUAUGCUGGUUGAUCUUUCAUAGUGUUAGUUUUUUGUUACUUAAAAAAAAUCAGCUAUAAAUAAAAUGUAUUUUUGUAAUUUCCAUGUGUAUAUAUGGUAUAUUUCUACCAAUGGCCAGUUGUAGUCCAAAACUUAAAUCAGCUUGCAAAAACACUGUGGACAGUGCAAGAUUUUAUUGACAAAUUAACAUAAUGCCUAAGUCUAUCCAAAUAGGUAUUCAAUGCACUUGAAUGAACAAAGAGCCAAAGAAACUCAGCCUUUUCAUGCAAAUGGUAUGAGUCUGAAAAAGUCAGCUACAUUGUCCCGCCUUACCAAUAAUAUCUCAUCAGUGCAAUGAUCUCACCCAAUACUUUUGUCUACUUGGUAAAUGCCUGGAAAUACUGUAUAUGAAAAUGAAGUUUCAAGACCUUAGUGUGAUUAAAAUAUAUGCACAUGCUUCAAAGAUAGUGUCUGAGCUUUGGACAUUCCAGUGAUUUUUGCUUCAGCUGGCUGAAAGAAUGGAGAAACCAAUGAUUGAGAACUAUUGAGUUGGUCAACUGAGAUGGCUAAAAGCAUAGUAUUCUAAACCUGGCACUCUAAAACCAGGCACCCCAGGUUUAAGAGUAGUAUAUAGGAGGAAGAGGUUUCUUUAAAUUGAAAAGAAAUCAAUUUGUUCAUAUCCUUCCACCAAUGGGAAGAUAGCCACCAUUGUUUGAUAUUCUGUGACUGAGAUAUAAUUCCUCCUCUGAAGAGUCUCCUAACCUCAAGGAGGCGACAGAUACAGGACACCUAAAUCUGAGAAAGGGAAGAUGGUCAGAAGUGCCUCCUGGAAGUGAAAAUAGAGUUCCAUGAGAGCCCAAAGGAUUGUGUUCCUCAGGACCCUCCAGACAGUUGAAGAAGCCACAGAGGACUUUGGUAACCCCAGAGGAGGUGAAAGUCCAGGGAAGUGGAGUGACCUUCCUGAGGGCUCCUGCCCAAGCCUGUUGAUUCAUGAUCCAACUUGCUUUCCAUUUCACCAUGCUGCCAGCCCACUGUCUGUGACACACUUCUUGAACUUUGCUAGGACAUUUUUAAAAAUAAGCACGUGAUUGGAAGGAUUCCGUGCAUUCUUUUAAAGAAACAAGAUGAUUGAAUUGUGAAGAGUUUCAGAUAAAGUGUAUAGAGUACAAUGCAUUGGUGGCAUAAUAAACAUUUCUUGGAACUAGUUUUGAUGUGAGUUUUCUGCAUUCGUGAAGAGAAAUGCAUUUGGCUUUUUCCAGAGAGUGCCUGCAAGGAAAUGGUGUUCGCAACUGCUGUUCAAGACUGUGGGUAUAUUCUUCUCUUGGUGUCAUGGAUCCAAACAGGCAAAUGAAGAGGCCAUGACAGUUUGUCAUUGCAAGGUAGCAGCUUCCGUGUGCUGGGGAAGGUGAUCUGUGGUGCAAGAGCAUCAUUAUUCUAUGCUGAGAUGCCAGUUGCUACCUUUGGAGCAGGAAGUUGCCUUUUUUCAGGAUAUGCUAGUGAUGGAAUGUUUUUGUCCUCAAAUUCCUAAGUUGAAAUUCUGACCCUCAAUGUGAUAAUAGGAGGUGGGGCCUUAAGAUCUAAUUCUUGAGGGUGGUGCCCUCAUCAAUGGGAUCAGUGCCCUUCCAGAAGAGACCCCAUAUAGCUCUCUUGCUUUUCUGCCAUGUGAGAAUACAAUAAAAGGUCAAUAAUGGAGCCCAGAAGAGUGCUCUCAGCAGAACCUAACCCUGCUGGUAUCCUGAUCUUGGCCUUCCAGACUCCAGAGCUUUCUGUAAGUCCCCCAGCUAUGGCACAUUGUUAAUGGCAGUCUAAACUGAUGAGGAGUGGAUAAUGGGAGGAGUUAUAUUGUUCAGACGCUGUUUCAAGAAUUUGGCAAAACAGCGUGUAAUUUCUGAGCACUCAAUCUAAGGAUGGAUAAGAAAGUGUUAAGUCUGCAAUUUAAGAACACUUCUGAGAAAAAACACAGAAUAAGGAAGAGAAGGAUUUAAAUACUCACUAGAAGAAAUGUUUCUCUGACAGGCAAAAAUUCAAGAAGUGACUCGAAAUACUUAAAUGUUGAUUCUAGAUAAGUGAGUUUCUUCUGCAUACUGCACAGGUAUUUAAUGUUUAUUAAUAAAAAUGAUGUAUUAUUUUAAACUUUUGAGACUGAAUUUCAUAAUUUAAUCCAUUCUUCUGCCAUACACCAAUCAAGGAACUUUGCAAGGACUAGAAACCCAUUCAUGUGCUUGAAUGCAAGAGCUGACUAAAAGAACACAGGACCACUGCAUAGAAAUAAAACACAGCUCUCACGCAGGAGAGGGGUGGGCUCUCAUCUCUGUCUUUCUCCACUUCUGCUCAGGCCUCUUGCUUCCCUUUGUCUGCUACCUUUCUAUGUGCUCUCACUAGUUUAAUUUAGCUGAAAAUCCACCCCUGGCCUCACUAGCCACAACCUUUCCAUUUCAGCACACACCCCUCUCUGAUGACCACUCCAUGCCCCUUAGGACAAGUCAGGCUCUCACCCGCCCAGUUCAUCUGCCACUGAUGAGCCGCCCUUGGGGCAGUCACCUAGCCAAUCCGCUGUAACCAAGGAGGCAGGGGUAUGUAACACAAGCAUGGCCCCCUGGACUGACCCUUUCAGUGGACUGGAACCUAGAGGAGAGAGCACGAGUGGUCAGGACCUUCAAACAGAACCCACCGCAGACAGGAAUGGAGCAGGACUCCCAGGAUGCAGCCAGUAGGUGAGUAGCCCCUAUGGAUAAUGCCCCAGAGAGGAAAGGAUCCUUGACUUGCAAAUCAGGGGGAACAGAUGUGCUUCAAGCCCUCGUGGAUUGGCUAGACUGCCAACCACCUCCCGCCCCAGUGCCAAUACCGAUAUGGUUGCUGGGUCUAAGGAGUGAUUUCUGACCAGGGCCCAGUUAGCAAAGGUCUUGCUGAGCAGACAAUAAACACUUGUAAAUUGAAAUGCAUGAUCUUAGUUCAGGUGCUACUAAUGUGGCUCAUGGCCACACACUUGCAUGGAGAAAACCAAUGAGCCUCUCAACAGAGACUCUUGAGACAAAAUUGUUUCAAGGGAAAUUGAUGUUCUUGUGGCUCUGCCCUUGCAAAUGUAAUUAAGUUAGUGUGCUGAGAACUGAAAGGCUCUUGAUUUCUUAAAGUGAACUGUUAUCGAAUCCUCGCCUGCGAUAAGUGCUAAAAUGUCGGCGGUUCUGGAGAGGAAUAUUUAGGAAAUAGAAUUAAUAGUGCCAGAAUUGAAUUCUUUGAGGUGGUAUUAAUUUGCUGUGAUUAUGCUGGUUUCAAAAAUGGGAGAGUCAUGGAGUGGCAGAACUUGUCUCCAGAGGUCAAACCCACAUUUUGGUGAAAGCCAUGACAUAAUGAAAUCUAGAAACUGAUGAUUUUCAUUCUCUAACCUUGGUCGGGCCUGUGAAUCAGAGGGAGGCUGUCUGUAUGUUACAUAAAUUCUCUGUGGCUUCACCUCAAUCCCCCAUCUCUUUCUAAUGUCUAAGCUCCCCUCCCCAAGCCACACAUAAACUGAGUACGAGGGGUUUUACCAAACAGGAUCAAGAGUAUCAUCGGUUUAGAAAUGUCGAAAACAGCCAAGUAUUCAAGGCCUCAGUCAACUUACUUUGAACCAGUCUCUGAUGCCUCAUCUGUGAGACGGCCAUGACAAGGUCUGCCCUUCCUACCUCCCAUGGUAGCUGUGAGAAGUGUGGUACAAUGUGUCUGAAAAAUGCUUUGGAAACUAUACUGGAAGCUAUUCUUACUGAACUGUCAGCUUCAUAAUUCAGUUUUAUCCGGAAGAAUAUUUGAGCUCCUUCUGUACAUCAAAAUAAUGUGUGAAAUGUUCUAUAAACUUUUUUAAAAUUAUAUUCUAUAAAAUAAAAAAAAUAAAUAAAGAUGGUCCUAAGUUUGGAAUUGCCUGCAAAAAGCCAGCAUCAACUGGAACUGGAUGUGGCUGCUGUUCUCCCUGAUGUGGAGGCUGUCAAGACUUGCACGUGAGUUUUAUUUUGGGUGGAAAACCCAAACCAGCGAUUCCCACCAACCGCCUUGAAUAUGUUGUACAAACACAAGUGCUGAACAGGAGCUUUGACUGUAGCUGUUGUCAAUUAAUGCUUUGCUUUCUUAAUUAAAUUUGUACACCCAUGGCCUCUGCCUGGAACAGGGGGCUCAUAUGCUGUUAGAAUUUUUUAUUGUAAAAUAAAAUGACAAAGACUUUCAU